CUUCCAAUAAAGGCUGGCCAGCAGAAUACCCACACCAAAGUCAGUACGGAGCACAACAAGGAAUGUCUCAUAAACAUUUCCAAGUACAAGUUUUCCCUGGUCAUCAGUGGUCUCACCAAUAUCUUAAAAAAUGUUAAUAACAUGAGAAUAUUUGGAGAAACUGCUGAAAAGAAUUUAUAUCUAUCUCAGCUGAUUAUCUUGGAUACACUGGAAAAAUGUCUGGCAGGGCAACCAAAGGAUACCAUGCGACUAGACGAGACUAUGCUGGUGAAACAGUUGCUGCCAGAAAUCUGCCACUUCAUCCACACCUACCGUGAAGGGAACCAGCACGCAGCUGAGCUGCGGAAUUCGGCCUCUGGGGUUCUUUUUUCUCUGAGCUGCAAUAACUUCAAUGCCGUGUUCAGCCGCAUUUCCACCAGAUUACAGGAACUGACUGUUUGUUCAGAAGAUAAUGCUGAUGUUCAUGAUAUUGAACUUUUACAGUACAUCAGUGUGGAUUGUUCCAAACUAAAGCGACUCUUGCAAGAGACAGUAUUCAAGUUUAAAGCCCUUAAGAAAGUAGCUCAAUUGGCUGUGAUCAACAGUCUUGAAAAGGCAUUUUGGAACUGGGUGGAAAACUACCCCGAUGAAUUCACAAAGCUGUAUCAAACACCUCAGACUGAUAUGGCUGAUUGUGCAGAGAAGUUGUUUGACUUAGUGGAUGGCUUUGCUGAAAGCACAAAACGUAAAGCAGCAGUUUGGCCACUGCAAAUCAUACUCCUGGUCCUGUGUCCAGAGAUAAUCCAAGAUAUAGCAAAGGAUGUGGUGGAAGAAACUAAAAUGAACAAGAAACUGUUCCUGGACAAUCUGAGGAAGGCACUUGCAGGCCACGGUGGGAGCAGACAGCUGACUGAAAGUGCUGCUAUUGCUUGUGUCAAACUGUGCAAAGCUUCUACCUACAUCAACUGGGAAGAUAAUUCCGUCAUUUUCCUACUAGUGCAGUCCAUGGUGGUAGAUCUUAAGAAUUUGCUGUUUAAUCCAAGCAAACCUUUUUCAAGAGGCAAUCAAAAUGCAGAUGUAGACCUUAUGAUUGACUGCUUAGUUUCCUGCUUCCGCAUAAACCCUCAUAAUAACCAACACUUUAAGAUCUGCCUGGCACAGAAUUCCCCAUCAACAUUUCAUUAUGUGCUGGUAAAUUCACUCCACCGAAUCAUCACAAAUUCGGCGCUGGACUGGUGGCCGCGCAUCGACGCUGUGUACUGCCACUCCAUGGAGCUGCGCAGCAUGUUCAGCGAGACCCUCCACAAGGCGAUCCAGGGCUGCGGCGCCCACCCGGCCAUUCGCAUGACUCCGGUAAGGCUUCCAGAGGAGCUCUGCAAACACAGCCCUCG